GGUUAAUUAUACCAGUACCAAUCAGUUAAAAUAUUUCUCCCUGAAAAUGCCUUUUAACAAUUUCAAUAGGUUAUUUUGACAGUGGCAAUUGUGCCACUACUAUUCCUUGUGUUAAGGUAACCAUUGAUACAGCAGUUAAAAAAUAAACGAUUGCAGCAAUAGAAGCGGACCAUGUUGUUGCUGUUGUUAUUGUUUGUAACGGAACUUCGCCGACGCUCGCUGCAAUCAGUUGGUUGAAAACUUUGAGCAAGCCGGUUGAAUGUAAAUUGUGUGUGCAAGUUGUAAAAAUGGAAAAUAAUAUUUUGGAAUCAGCAGAAAAGGACGGACUGGAAUCUAUAUUAGACUCUUGGGGAUUCAGCUACAUUUUACAAACAUUAAAAGAUGAAUCUAUAAUACUUGAACGGCUAAGAUAUUUGGAAGAGCAGGACUUGACAUACUUAUUCCGGGAACGUAGGUUAGGAGAAAAAGUGGAGUUUCGUUUCAAGCUGCAGCAAUGGAAAAUCGCAAAUGGAUAUUCUGAUGUCAAAGCCUGCGAUACAAUAUCUGUAGACACGACUUUCCUGGAAGACGUGGAAAAUUCACAAUAUUUAAACUGCAGUCAAUCAACAAGCUCUUCUUCUAAAGUUAUUUACGAUCCUAAUGGGUACCGCGGCUCUAUUAUUCAAAUCGAUUUUCGUUAUUUGCAUCCACAUUCCACAUCCAUCUUCGAUAAAUGGAAGACCUUUAAUCUCAAAAUUAUCCCACUGAUAAAAACAAUGUUGACGGAUCCGGCGCACUUGCAUCAAUUGGAAACAAUAAAAUCACGAGAAAAAGGUUCAGAACAGAUCAUUGCACUACUGCUUCAUGUUUUGCUGCGUCCAACAAUAAAACGAAAAGCAAAUACCGCAAGAAAGAUUUACCGGUCUACUAUCAAAGAUUCGCAGAUGUCUUUUAUUCUUCAUGUUGUUACGGCAAAUGAUGUUGAAAACUGCUUAAACAAGCUGAAGACUUCCCUUUAUGAUCGCGGUGAGACCUUACAACCAAUAAUUAUUGCAGUUGGCUAUAAUUUAUGUGACGCUAAUGUACUUUUUUUAUAUAAAGGUAUCAGAGAGAGAUUAUUGAAUAAUUAUAAUUUAGUUAUAAAACUGAAAACUUGUGAUUAAAACUACAUUAAAAAAGCUCGAAGAGAUUUGUAAAAGGUUCUGAUUUAACCUUUUUUUUUUA